AUGCCCAAGGGGAGGCGGGCCAACCCCAGCACGGCACGGGAUGGUGCCUGGUUCGCACAGUCUGAAAAGCUGCAAAUAUAUCCUGAAUCUCUUACAGCCACUAUGCAAAAACAGAUACUAAAUGCAGAAGCUACUCAUCAAAUUGACAACAGAUUGCCAUUGAUGUACAAAGUUCGAGAGAAGGCUGUACAUGAUCUGGACCAGUGUUUAAAUGCAGUGGUGGGCUGGAUGAGGGCCAAUAAGCUGAAGUUAGAUCCUGAUUACACAGAGGCACUGUGGAAACCAGUAAACACAUUUCCAUUUUCAAUCCAUGACAACAGACAUUGCUUAUUGAAUGUAGGAGAGUACUUAGAUUCUGGGCUAGGACUAAAGAAAUUUCAACAAGACAAGUGUCAACACAAAUCGCAAAACUACUUUUUUUUGGCCCAUGAACCUAUUCCAAGCAGUACUAGCGACCGUACCAUUUAUCAAACCUCAUUUAUCCAGUAUCCUAAUAUUGAGAAGCCCUUUCUGGGUCGAUUUCCCAAAAGUCAUGUGAAUAGGUCCUUUGCUUUAAAUUCUGCACCUAAGAAUGAGUGCCUAUGGUUUUCAAAAUGUCAUUUAGCUCCGGUCAAGCCUGAUAGAAGCUUUUUCUCAGAGCCUGAGCAACUUUUAACGGCUGCUGAACAAGUGAUAGAAUGUAAAGAGGACACUAAAGCACAUUCAUGUGAAGAUGACACUAAAGCUCACUCCAGGUUGGAUUUACAAUAA